GACUAUAAAGUUAAAAGUUACGUAUAAUUCGAGUGUAGUUACAUUACAUAUAAUUAUUUAAACAUAGCGUCAUUCUUAUGUAUGCUUUAUUAGAGAUAAACACACGAUAGUAAAUAACUUCUUAGUGCGUUUAUAUCGUUUUCAUCACAUUCUACAUUUUGAAGAGUAAUCAGGUGACAUGGAAAGAACAACUUUACCCGAACAAUCGGCAUCUCAAACGGAAACUGUCUUGGAGGGGGAUAACACCGAUUCUGGAUCACAGGAUGUUCCAACUGUACAUUUGCGGCUCAGAAAACCACGAUCAAAUAAAAAAGUACAAUGGACUCAGGAAACUGUGGAUAACGAGCAUAUGAAUAAAAAGAAAUCGAAGUGUUGUUGUAUUUAUAAAAAACCUAAAAGUUUUGGCGAAAGUAGUUCUGAUGACAGUGAUGACGAAUGCGAACAUUGCCAUGGUCAUAAGGAUAAUCAUGAGAAGCCUCUACCAAAUAACGCAGAACCGUCCGAAUAAUGAAUAGAAGCAAAAUUAAUAAAUAUAUAUAUAUUAUAAUUUUCUCGUAAUAACAAUUUCCCACUGUGAGAAUAGGGUGUCCAUGAUGUCUUCCACAUCAGUGUUACAUAGGUUUUAUCUGAGGAAAGUAUAAGCAUCCCAGGCACUGCAAUCACCAACUAUUAUAAAUAU